AUGGUUAGUUCCAUACAGCACGGCAUAAAGAGGUUCCACCUUUCAGAGGAGGCGAGACGGCAAAAGCUGGCCAAAGAGGAGCAUACCAUUAAGAACUACAGAGCACUGACAGAGAAUGUGUUGACGCUCAAAGCCCAGGGCGUGUUCAACGAUAGUGCCUUUAAGAAGACCACCGACAUCUUGGAUGUGAAUCCUGAGUUCUACACGGUUUGGAACUAUAGACGUGAUAUCAUUGUGAAUCAUUAUAUGCAAUCCUUGGGCGAGGAGGGUCUUGUUGAUUUGUUUGAUAAGGAGCUGCUGUAUAACAUGGCAAAGUUCCGUGAGUUUCCCAAAGUGUAUUGGAUAUGGAACCAUCGAACGUGGCUGCUGGAGAACCAUCCGAGGGUAAACUGGGAAAAUGAGUUGUUGCUUGUUGAGAAGAUCCAUAAGCUGGAUCCUCGAAACUUCCACGGAUGGACGUAUAGACGAUACAUCAUAAGCCACAUGGAAAAGGAUAAGGACCUGACAUUACAAGAGUUUGAGUACACUACAAAGAUGAUCAAUGCGAAUUUCUCCAACUUCUCUGCCUUGCACAAUAGAACGAAGCUGAUUCCAAAGCUCUUUGAGAGAGGGCUGCUGAUCAACACGACACACGCACAGUUCCUAACCAAAGAGUUGGAAUACCUGCACAACGCCAUGUAUACGGAUCCCGAUGACCAAAGUGUGUUCAUCUAUCUGCGUUGGCUAUUGACAUCUGAUAUAUUUGUACAAAACAUUCCAGAGGAACAGUACAUCGAAUUCUUACAGCAAGAGUUGGAAACGGUCAAGGAGUUGAACCAGUUGGAGAAGGACGACGGCAAGGAAAACAGUUGGUGCCUACAAACUGUAGUUACGAUAAAUCAGUUGAUCCAAGGCCAAACAGGCGAGGAUAAGAGUGAAGAGAUUACACAGUGCUUGAAGUUGUUAGUCGAUGUUGAUCCUUUGAGAAGGAAUAGGUAUAUAGAUUUGAUGAAACGUUAA